AUAUAAAUCAAGGCUAAGAACCUUACUUGUUGACACCCAUAUACACAAAGCAUGGCACCUCUUUCCCUUUCAAUCAUCUUACUUGCUACAUUUACAACUUUCUGUACUCUGAAUGUUUCAGGUUCUUCAGAUGAAGUUAAUGCUCUCCUAAAAUGGAAAGCAACACUCCAUAGCCAAAAUACCAAUACCCUUCUACCUUCUUGGACACAAGAUCUUAAUCUCAAUAUUUCUGCUCAAAAAACAGUGUCUCCAUGUAACUGGCUUGGUGUUUCAUGCAAUAAAGAUGGCAGCAUAAACAGAUUGAACCUUUCGUCAUCAGGUUUAAUUGGUACGCUUGAUCACUUGUCCUUCUCCUCGUUACCAAAUCUUGCGUAUUUUGAACUUAGUUUUAACAAUUUUUCUGGGAUUAUCCCAUCUGAAAUCGGCCAACUGUCAAAACUUGUUUAUCUUGAUCUGUCCAGAAAUCAGUUCACCGGAAUAAUCCCAACUGAAAUCGGCCACCUGUCAAAACUUGUUUAUCUUCAUUUUAAUCAAAAUCAGUUUAAUGGUUCUAUUCCUCAAAGCAUUUGUCAAAUGAGAUUACUUUCUGGGCUUGCAUUGGCUAAUAACAAUCUUCAUGGUUCGAUUCCAACCUGUUUGGGUCAGUUAUUAAAUUUGCGUUAUGUUUAUCUGGAUAGUAACAGUAUCUCUGGUUCAAUUCCUACCUCUUUUGGUCAGUUAUUGAAUUUGCAUUCUCUUUUUUUGAGCGAUAACAAUAUUUCUGGCUCAAUUCCACAUGAAUUGGGAAAUCUAUACAAUCUAGAGGAGCUUUAUAUGAACAAUAACACUCUAACUGGAUCUAUCCCAGACACUUUGGUCAAUCUGAAAAAUCUAACCGACUUAAUUCUAUACCAGAAUCAAUUGAAUGGAUCAAUCCCAAGAGAAAUAGGUAACAUGACUUCACUCAUAUGGCUAGAGCUACAAUUGAACAAUCUCACUGGUCCCAUCCCUUCCUCUCUAGGCCAACUCAAAUCCGUUGUUGAUAUUCAUCUCUACUCUAACAAAUUUUCUGGUCCCAUCCCUCAAGAGUUAGGAAGCUUGACAUCUCUUUCUAGUCUGCAUUUAGCAUUCAAUGAACUCAAUGGUUCCAUUCCAAGUUCAUUUGGUAACCUACAAACCUUAGAAAUAUUGUAUCUUAACGAUAAUCAACUUUCCGGUUAUAUUCCACGGGAAUUAGGAAAGCUGAAGUUGGUCGUUAUUGAAUUGACAAACAACAAUCUUUCUGGUAGUUUGCCUGACGAAAUCUGCGACGGUAGGAUGCUUGGAUAUCUUGGUGUUGUUAAUAAUAAGCUAACAGGUCGAAUCCCAAAGAGCUUGUACAACUGCACGAGCUUGAUCCGAGUCCGUUUGGAUGGAAACCAGAUUACCGGAGAUGUUUCUGAGAGCUUCGGUAUCUAUCCAAACCUCAACUACAUCAAUCUCAAUGAUAACAAACUUUACGGUAAAAUAUCAGACAACUGGAGUAAGUGCAGAAACUUAACCACGAUACAGAUGGGAGGGAAUCGAAUCCAAGGUAACAUACCUCCUUCCCUUGGAAACUCGAUUCAGUUGGGACUUCUUAACCUUUCCUUCAAUAAUUUUGUGGGAGAGAUACCCAAAGAAUUUGGAAGGUUAACUCGCAUGGUAAAGCUUGUUUUAAGCAAUAAUAGACUUUCUGGUGUAGUGCCACAAGAUCUAGGAUGGCAAAUUGAACUUCUUGAUCUGUCCAUGAAUAAGUUGAAGGGGUCCAUUCCAUCUUCUCUCGAGCAAUGCACAAAACUCCAUUUCUUAAACCUAAGCAACAAUGAAUUAACUGGUGAAAUCCCUGUCCAAUUAGGUAGAUUGGUCCAGUUGUCUGCUCUUGAUUUGAGUCAUAAUUCACUCAUCAAAGAGAUACCUUCAGGGCUUUCAAGUAUGAGUAUCUUGGAAACUCUAUAUCUCUCUCACAACAAACUCUCAGGUUACAUUCCAAAGAGUUUCGGAUCGAUGAAUUCGUUGGUGAACAUUGAUCUUUCAUAUAAUCACUUACGAGGUCCCCUUCCCAAAAGCAAAGCGUUUAUAAAUCUUACAAUAGAAGCAUUGCAAGGGAAUGAUGAUUUGUGUGGAAAUGUUAGUGGAUUAAAACAGUGUGCAUUAGAAAGUCCUAUCCCAAAUCGAAAACACAAUCUCGCACUCCUGAUUUCGCUUCCACUUCUUGGAGCUCUUUUACUUGGCACUCUAAUGGCAAUGUUCGUUUUCUAUAAUUGGAGACCAAAGGGGCUGCCACCGACACCGCAUGUGGACGAACAUAAAGAUGGAAAUAACUUCUUUUCGAUUUCAACUUUCAAUGGAAGAGAGACAUAUGACGAAAUCCUCAGUCUAACCCAGGGGUUUAACGAAGCAUAUUGCAUUGGAAGGGGAGGAUGUGGAAGUGUGUACAAAGUGAAGUUGUCAUCUGGUGAUACAAUUGCUAUAAAGAGACUCCACUCGUCUUCUCAGGUGAUUAAUCACGAUGAAUUCGUAAAUGAGAUUAAAGCAUUGACAAGAAUACGACACAGAAACAUCGUUAAGCUACUUGGCUACUGUUCGCAUUCUCAAAACUCGUUUCUGGUUUACGAGUAUCUACAAGGGGGUAGUCUUGCUGAAGUUUUACAUGCUCAACUUUUGGAUUGGACGAUGAGGGUGAACAUUAUCAAAGGUGUUGCAUACGCCUUAUCGUAUAUGCAUCAUGAUUGUUCACCUGCUAUCAUUCAUCGUGACAUAUCAAGCAAAAACAUUUUGCUUGAUUCUGAGUACGAAGCUUGUGUUUCGGAUUUUGGUACCUCCAAAAUUCUGAACCCAGAUUCAUCGAAUUGGACUAACAUUGCAGGAACAUUUGGAUACCUUGCACCAGAACUGGCUUACACAAUGAAGGUAACAGAAAAGUGUGAUGUAUAUAGUUUCGGGGUUCUGGUGAUGGAAAUCCUCAAAGGACAGCAUCCAGGUGAUAUCAUUACUUCUCUAGCAUCUACAACAACUGAAGCAGUCAAGCUCACAGAUUUAGUGGAUCAUCGACUUUUGGUUCCACUCCCUGAAGUCAAAGAAGUUAUAACGUCAAUAUUGAUCCUAGCCAUUAAAUGCGUUAAUUCAAACCCUGAAAUAAGGCCUACAAUGCUGGAAGUUUCUCAAAAAAUUGCAUGUGUUAUUUCCGACAUGUAUAAGGGCGCUGAUGUGUAGUGUCAUAUAUUGGUUUUCAUGAUGGUUUAUGUAUACGGUGUUUAUAGUCUAGUUUAUCGAGUCAGUGUUAUCAAAAUUACUCUACAUAUUUGAUCUUGUAAGGGUAAUUUUAUAUAAUAUCAUAAUUACUCUAUAAAUGAUCUUUUAGGGUAAUUUUGAUCU